AUGGCCGCCCCCACGCUGUCGUCCAUGAUCGACCCAACCAAGCAGGCCGAAUAUCCCAUUGUUCUGGGUGAACGACUGGCCAAAAAGGCUGAGUCUAGUCGUCUCGUCAACGUCAACUAUAAUUACAAAACCAAAGCAUCCACGCCUCAUCAGCGAUCGACCAUCACCCGUUCCUCCCAGUCCCGCGAUCUCUACGACCUUUCCGUCACCGAUAAGGCCCCGAGCGCCGAUCACAACUUGACGUAUUCAUACCAGGGUAGUGAGGACCCUGCUGGAGAGCAAGGUCUGGUGUUGGUGUUCGACCCUGAUCGAAAAGUGUUUGUUCUCGAGCCGGUCUCCACUCAACUGAACUUCAACCUCCGAUCGGCCCCUGGGAAGUCGGAAAAGCAGGUACUGGAGCAGUACGAGCAACUGCGCAUAUCUCAAGAGGAGGACCACACAUCCAGCGAUGAUCCCAACGGUGGCAGCGCCAGUGAUGGUGAAGGACAAGCAGAUGACAAUAAUCCAUACGACUUCCGACAUUUCCUUCGCAAGAAGAGCGCCGAACAAGUCUCGGGCAACAGCACCCCCGAGCCGAUCGGCACCAGCAAGGCCAACACUCCAGUGAUACCUGCUACCAGACCUGUCACUAAGCCUGCACCCAGGCCCAAGACGCAAACAAAUCCCCUCCGAGAGACAAAGCGCCCGCCGAAGCCGGCUUCUCGCCCGAAUCCUCCCAAACAGACCAGCCGCGAGCCUCCCGCGGAGUCACCCUCACGCGCCGAACCAACACUCGACCAGGAUGAGCCGCGCCUAUCGCUUUCAGAUGCCGGCAUCGGCAACGGCUCCCAACAAUCUGGUCAAUCACCGAAUUCUAAUAUUAUCAUUGAUGGGGACCUCAUAAUCGACAUGGGCUCACCACCCCCUUCACGAGCCUUUCAGGUCAACCCGAUCUACUUUUCCGCGGAUAACACACCAGCCGACGCUAGGGAGGAUGAUAACGAUGGUGACGAGUACAUGGAAGAGCUCCAACUCCCCCCUCCAGUCGAAAACACCAAGUCCGUGCCGCCGCCCUCGGCCGAUACCGGAGAUGACCUGGAGGACGAUGAUGCGCUGGCCGCAGAGAUGGAAGCCGCCUUUGAAGAAAGCGCCCGCGAGGAGGAGGCGCGCAACCGACAGUAUGGUCACACAUCGACUUCGGGGCGGUACAAUGUUCCUAGCGAUGACGAGAGUGAAGUCAGCGAGGAAGAGUAA